AGCUGUAGAGGCAGCCCGAGCACUUUGGCUCGGGGUGGGAGGGGUGGGAGCGAGUACCUUGCGCGCGCUCCAGCUCUGCCCAGCCCAGCCCGCGAGAGGGAGAGCACGCGCUCGCGCGCGCCACUCCCCCUCCUCUCCGAACCCUCCUCACCCCCUGCUUCUGGAGUUCGAAGGGCUCGGGUCCUGUCUGCCGGCUCCUCCCCAGCCCCCGCGCCCCGCGCGCCACGCCUGCCCCUGCGCGCGUGCCUGCCUAGCCGCUCGACUUUGCCUCUGGCCGCGCCGCUUCGCUGCGGGGAGGGCGACCGAAGAGCGGGAGGAGGGAAUCCCCCUUUUGGCCCGGGGGCAGGGGGCGGGGGGGAGUUGCGUCCGGGCUUUCCCUUUGCUGCAACCUCUGGCCGCCGCGAAGUUGAGAGGUUCGAACCCCGGAGGAGGAGGAGGAGGAGGAGGAGGAGAAAGGAGGAAGCAGCAGCAGCUGAGGGGCUCGCUGUCCGCUCCAGCACUUUUUUGUCCCCCCUUUCAUUUCCCUCCCCUCCCCUUGCACCAUGGAUAAUAAGCCUCUGCUGCAGGAUCGACCACCUGCCUACAACCCGGAGGCGGGCCAGGGCGACUACGCUUAUGGGCGACACAACUACGGGGCCAUCCCGGUCGCCCCAGCCCAGCCCGGGCUCCAGCCGGGCUUCCAACCCGGUUUCCAGCCCGGCUUCCAGCCCCCGCCGCCCUACCCGUACAGCGUUGCAGGUCGGUCUGGAUCCUACAAUAUUCCAUCACAAAGUGUGUUCCAUCCCUCCAGUGCCAUAGUAGUUGUUGGAGGCUGUCCAGCCUGCAGAGUUGGUGUUUUGGAAGAGUCCUUCACCUGCCUAGGUAUCCUCUUGGCCAUUCUCUUGUUUCCCAUUGGAUUUAUCUGCUGUUUUGCUUUGAGAAGGCAAAAAUGUCCUAACUGUGGAGUAGUUUAUUUUUAAAUGGAACAACACAACCCAGCUUUCCUGUCCCCACUUUUCUUUUUUCUAAUGUAAAUGUCUUGUAUAAUAGCUUUUUUUGAUCAAGUAUCAGAACUGUUUUGUAAGGUGUGAUGGGAUAGCCAGUGUUUCAUGGGCUUGUGGUUUGCAGAACAUGGAAAAGAGCAGACUUACUUUCAAGGUUAAUGACAACUCUGAUUUAAGACACGGCUUAUUUUUUUGCAGUUUUCACUUUGUGCAAAUCGAGAAAUGCUGUUUUUAUAAAUGAGGUUCAUACUAUUUUAACUGGUCCUGCUUAAUUUGAUGUUUGCACAUUGUCACUUCUGUAUAUUUUUUAAAAAUAAAGUUAACUCACCUCAA